UGAGUGGAGGUGGAAAUGAGAAAGGUGCUUCAGUCAGAGAGGAAAUUAAGCUGUUAUUUAGAAGAAAACCAUCAGACCGGGGUCACAUGGGGGGGGUUUGAUCUUUGAAAUUACCUGCGUGACUUCUUAGGUGCACAUUCACACGAAGCUGCGAUCAGUCCUCAGUUUCCUGACGUCGCUUAACUAUUACGUUCGCCUCGCCAUUACUAAUCACUUAAAAGGAUCCACCAACUAGACAUAUACAUACUGACCUUUGACCGUUUUUUAUAUUAGAGCCAGAGUUAUAAAGAUGAGCGCUGACGGAGACUGUUUUCAAACAGCAACAUGGAACCCUACAGACUACUAUUUACAGGUCUACCCGUGUUGUUUCUUAUUAACGGCGGCUCUGGAGGACACGUCACAGACGGGUCUCCUCUGAAAAUGGACCAGGCUCUGCUCACAUUUCAUAAUCAGCUGACAGAAGAAGUGCACGUUUUCUACACGUCAGAUUACUGCUACAAGUGCCUGUACCAGCAUUUGGGCACAGUGAAGCCCAGGGACAAAAAUGCAUCUGCAAAAGUCAACACUCAGUUCACUCUGACUAUGCAGGUGCACUUACAAACAGGAAAUGCAACUUUCUUUUGCAGGUGGAGUCAGACGUACGAGGAGGGGGGUCAUUACUCUGUUUGGGUCCAGAAACCACUAGGCUUCACUCAUCCAGUCUGCAAAUUCUCUGUGGAUAAAAGUCCAAACAAUGCAUACCUGCCUCUUAUGGUGGCAGCUCUCCUGCUCGCCAUAAUCACCCUCUUAUUUGUCAUGGUACCCUACAUCUUCAGGAGGCAUUGUACAUCAGAGUUCAUUAAAACCGUUUGCUGCCAAGAUCCACAGCCCUCUUUGGAUAAUGACGGAGCUCCUGCUGGUGAAGCCACCGACACCGGUAGAGCCAAACCGUCACGCCUGCUCUCCCUGGACACUUUCCGAGGGUUUUCUCUCACGGUGAUGGUGUUUGUCAACUACGGUGGAGGAGGAUACUGGUUCUUUCAGCACGCACCUUGGAACGGUCUGACGGUGGCAGAUCUCGUCAUGCCGUGGUUUGUGUUUAUAAUUGGAACUUCAGUGGUUUUGGCUUUCAACUCCAUGCGGAGGAGAGGAGUUAGCCGCCAGCAGCUGCUGCGAAAAAUCACCUGGAGGACGGCCGUGCUGAUGAUGCUCGGCUUCUGCUUCCUCAACUACUCUCCCAGAGAUGGACCAUUGUCCUGCUCCUGGCUGAGGAUCCCUGGAGUGCUGCAGCGUCUGGGCUUCACCUACUUUGCUCUGUCCAUCCUGCAGACUUUCUGGGGCCAGACAGAAAUCCCACUGAGAGCGCAUCACUGGUGGAACCCUGUCCAGGACGUCGUCCUGUACUGGCCACAGUGGCUGAUUAUCAUCGUCCUGGAGGCUUUAUGGCUUUGCAUCACUUUCCUCCUGCCCGUACCCGACUGCCCCACAGGGUAUUUGGGAGCUGGUGGAAUCGGUGACGAUGGUCUUUACCCAAACUGUACCGGAGGUGCCGCAGGAUACCUUGAUAGAUGGAUCUUUGGAGACAACAUGUACAGAUACCCCACCUGCAGAACUCUGUACCUCACUGUGAUGCCCUUUGACCCCGAGGGGAUUUUGGGUACGAUCAACUCCAUUGUGAUGGGAUUUCUGGGGAUGCAGGCAGGCAAAAUUAUCAUUUUCUACAAAAGGAAUCACGCCCACAUCAUCUGUCGAUUCCUGGCGUGGGCCAUCGUCCUGGGAAUCUCCGCAGCCAUCCUUUCUAAGUGCACGCGAGAUGGAGGAUUUAUACCUGUCAAUAAAAACCUUUGGUCCCUGUCCUACGUGACGUGUAUGGGCUGUUUCUCUUUCCUGCUGCUCGGAGGCAUGUACUUUGUCAUCGAUGUGAAGGGCUGGUGGGCUGGACAGCCCUUUAUUUACCCAGGGAUGAACUCCAUCGUUGUGUACGUUGGCCACUCUCUGCUCGGUUUCUACUUCCCUUUCAGCUGGGAAAUGCGCUUCCAGGCAAGCCACUGGGAAUCCCUGCUCCAGCACCUUUGGGCGACGGCGCUGUGGGUGCUCAUCGCCUACCUGCUCUACAGGAAGAAAUGCUUCCUCAAAAUAUAAGCAGGAUGAACUUUCCCACUUUUUUUUUCUAUUAUUAAAAACAAAUGAUGUAUGCACAGUUGAGUACAUACAUCAUCCCAACAUCUGUGGGAGUUUUAUAGAGCUGAUGUAUUAUUCUUGGCUUAAAUAACAUACAGAAACAGAGAGUCCAUCGUUUUUCACUGCUGAGGUCUUCAGUAACAGGAUGUAGUGAAAACUUUCUGGAUUGUACCAUCACUCAAAAUAAAACAAAUAAAAGAUUGUAUUUAAAUCACCACACAACAUAUUACAAUGUCGUUAUUUCUUUAACUGAUCCUAAAGUGUGCAACCAUGAUUUAAUCACUUGUAAAAACCAUUUUUAGCAGCAAUUACUGACAUUGUUUUCUGUAUGAGGUCAAUUGUUCGCUUUGUAGUGGAAGAAUUUUGGCUCCGUCUUUGCAUCUGAAUCAGGUUAAUGUCUGACUUUUUUUGUGGCACCUUUCUGCUUUUCCAGCCGCGCUGUGGUAAAUGAGCCGACAUGCUCGUCCUGCUGCAGUUUCAGCCAAGUUUAAUACAAAACAGCCAGACUUCUCUGUGUUGCCUUUCUAUGUCCACUCUGUUG